AUGGCAGCUUAUGGAGCUUUGCUUUCUCUUACAAACACCAUACACCAAAUCCUGAAUCACCCUCGCCCACCCAUCUCCCUCGACAAACUACAAAUCGAACCUCUGAUAAAAAAGGCUGCUUUCUUGCAAGAUUUUCUUGAAAACUAUACCAUCGAUGAUGCAGAUGGCUUGGAGGGGCGUAUGGUCGAUGCGGCUCACGCGGCAGAGGACAUUAUCGAGUCCCAUAUUGCCGAUCAUAUCGAUCAUAUUAGGGAUGAAGACGAAGACUCUUUGUAUCGAUAUAUACGGAGAAUGAUGGUGGAAUCCGAUGCGUCUCACGAGGCAGAGGAUAUUAUCCAGUCCCACACUGCCGAUCAUAUCGAUGCUCGUGGGGAAGCUAUCAUCAGUUCCAAGGACAACGAGUCUUUGUAUGGAGAGCUACAGAAAGUGAUUCACGACUUCGAUUCCAUCACAAAAGACGUGGCUGCUGUUAAAGAGAAGGCGGGGAAAAAAAUUGUUCCUUCCGAUGACGACAUGCUGGGUUCUGAUGAUGUCAUGAACGACAUCAUGGACAUGGACAAGCUGACCAACAGUCGUUAUUUGGAGGGGGACGACACGAUGGCGGGUGUCAUGAACGACAUCAUGGAUGAGCUGACCAAUAAACAAUCCGGUCGUCGGAUCAUCGCCAUUACCGGCAUGGGUGGCAUUGGUAAGACCACUCUUGCAAAACGUAUUUACGAAAAUCAACUUAUUGUGGAACACUUUUAUAUUCGUGGAUGGGCUACAGUCUCUCAAGAAUUUGAUUCGAAAAGGAUUUUGUUACAAGUCCUUCACUGUUUGAAUAAAACCAUGGCGAGUGAGGACAACGAACAUAAAUUAGGAGAGAUGUUGUAUAAGAGCUUAUUUGGGCAACGGUAUCUGAUUGUGAUGGAUGACAUUUGGGGCACGGACGCGUGGAACAGGGUGAAGUCCUUCUUUCCAGGUAACAACAACGGGAGCAAAGUACUAAUAACAACUAGGCCAUCGAAACUGGCUUUGCAACUGGAUGACCCAGACUACUUUCAAAUGCCUUUUCUGAAGCUGGACGAAAGUUGGAAUCUGUUGUGUAGGUGUGUGUUUCAAGAACAAGGGUGCCCUCCGGAGUUGGAAGAGAUUGGGAAGGAGAUUGCCAGGAACUGCCAAGGCCUUCCGUUGUCGAUUGUCGUGAUCGGAGGACUCCUAGCAAAGUCUGAACAAACACGAGAAAACUGGCAACACGUGGCAGAAAAUUUAAGCUCAAUCGUGAAUUUAGAGGAGGGCGAGCGUUGCUUUGGAAUACUAAAGUUGAGCUACAAUCAACUUCCGGUCCAUCUGAAGCCGUGUUUUCUCUACAUGGGCAUGUUCCCAGAGGACUGCAGUAUUAGCAUCACCAUGCUCAUGAGGCUAUGGGUUGAUGAAGGAUUUGUGAAACCAGUAGCCGGUAAAAGUCUGGAAACAGUUGCCAGAGUAGUGUACCUACAAGAUCUCAUCCUCAGAAACCUAAUCAUGGUUCGUGGGGUGGGGCCUGGGUGGUGGGGCCAUACUGUAAGUAUAACAUGGUGCAACAUCCACGAUCUUCUGAGAGACCUUUGCAUAAAGGAAGCCGAGAAAUUCAAAUUCUUCCGUACGACGGGAACAACGCACAACCCUGAGCACGACCAAAGUUGGAGUGCCCAACGCCGUAUUGGCAUUCACCAUGCUGCAUCAGAGGGGGAAUACAUUCCCCGUCCACUCCCUGAAUCCGUGCAAUCCGCGUCACGCGCACGGACUCUGAUAUGGAAUGUUGAUGCAAUUUUACCAUCUGUAGUUCCUUUUAGAUUGCUUAGGGUUCUGAAUGGAGAGAAUAGAUCAAAUAUGUCAUCACCUCGUUACCCCGGUAGAGAUUCUUCACAAGAAUUAUUUCUUCCUGCCAACUUGUGCCACCUGGUCGUCAUCCCCUUAUUUCCCCCUCGACCAUUGGGAACUUACUUUAUUAUUAAGAUAGGAAAUAUUUGCCAACUCUGGAAUUUACGGACGAUACAAGUUACUUAUGGCAUUAUAAGGCCGGUGCUGGACAUUUGGCAGAUGCCCCAACUCAGGCACGUCGAGAUGCCCAUGAUCCGGCUCGCGGAUCCUCCUCCCGUGGAAGAAUUCGAAAAUGGUGAUCGUAUGGUGUUGGAGAAUCUAGAGACGCUGCAGAUCAUACGUAACUUGAUAUUGGGUGAGGAAGUGGUCAAGAGAAUCCCCAAUAUCAAGAAGCUCGGAAUAGAAUACAAGGAGAAGGAGAAGGAGGAGGAGGAGGAAUUAUCUCCGGCUGAUUAUGGCCUCGUCAAUCUCUGUCGGCUACGCAAGCUGGAGACCCUUAAAUGCCUUAUUGAUUGGAGGAAAAGUGAGGUGGCAAGGGACUUGAUGAUCACAUUCCCGGAUUCGCUCAGGGAGCUGACUCUGUGUGGCACGAGGCUGGGGUGGGAGGCGUUGGGUACAAAGAUAGGGUCAUUGCCAUAUCUCGAGGCCCUCAAUAUAUUUGAUGAUGCGUUCGUGGGGCCCGAGUGGGAAACAGCCGAGGGCGGAUUUCAGAGCUUGAAAGACUUGAAAAUCUUGGACUGCGACUCUUUGGAACAUUGGAGGGUGGAGGCCACACACUUCCCGCGCCUCGAGCAGCUUCAACUAUCUCGUCUACCCAAGCUGAAGGAGAUCCCACUAGAAGUUGGAAAUAUACCCACGCUUACGGAGAUCAAUGUGGAUGAAUGUGCCGACUCAGUGGUGCUUUCUGCAAAGAGUAUAUUAGAGGAACAAGAGCAGAUGUUAGGGGAAGUAGAGCUUUAUAUUACUGUUUUUCUUGGUUUAAGAACUGAAUUCAAUUACUCAUCAUUCUUAAACGAUGAGACAUUUGGUAAGAUGAAGAAGGGAGUGCGCAUCAUAAAUGUCGCCCGGGGUGGUGUUAUCGAUGAAGAUGCACUAGUGAGGGCACUUGACAAUGGAACAGUAGCCCAGGCAGCCCUUGAUGUGUUCUCAGAGGAGCCCCCAGCAAAAGACUGCAAAUUGGUUCAGCAUGAGAAUGUCACUGUUACACCUCAUCUUGGAGCCUGCAGCACAAAGGAAGCACAGGAAGGAGUUGCAGUAGAAAUAGCUGAGGCAGUUGAAAUACGCUCAGGAGUUUGUGUUUCUUGA